GGGCGCAGUCAUUACUCUCGAGACUACCGUCAUUUGAACACACGGUUAAUGUCAAGGUCGUGCACACGCAGGGGCCGAAAUGGACGCUCAGGUUGAAAAGCCUCUCGCUGCAAUGUUCCCGUUACCUUUCCGUGUUCUAUUUUUGGUUGGCCUGGGUAUCCUUGGUUGGGCAACGAACCUUCACGGCCUGGAACGGUUGGGUGUCGACGGACCAAGCGUUCUGGAACUACAGGACCGCAGUUGUCUACCCCUGCAGUCAAGUCCCCCGUCUCGCAAGAAACAGCUUCCAACACGCGUCUUUUAUGCACCUCUUUAUCGGCUUUUCGUCAUUUAUUCGUUGUGGUGCUUCGGUGCAUGGCUGCUGUACAGAGUGCAAACGUGUUCAAACGUCGCUGUCGUGGAUGUCUUUGCAUACAUCCCUGGAGUAUGCAUCCUCAGCGUACUGACCGUUCUCCUGUGUACAACGGACAUCGUUCAUAAACGCGAAAGGGACUCCUUCUUGCUUGCUGCAGGAAGAUGCUGUUUCCCUGCGUCUGACAGUCAAAUAUACUUCUCGGACGUUAUUUUUGCCGACAUCCUCACUUCCUAUGCCAAAGUAUUGGGGGAUCUCUGGCUGUCAUUUUGGAUGCUGCUCCCUGGAGGGAGCUUGUUGUCCGUUCCAACACAUGAGGGGUGGGUUCAAUGGGUAUUACCAUGUUUAAUGAGUUUACCAUAUGCUAUCCGUCUACGCCAGUGCCUCAUCGAGUACUGGUCCCUCUCCAAUACCAGCCGCCGUCCACUCCUCAACGCGAUUAAAUACGCCUCCUCGUUUCCAGUAAUAUUUUUAUCCGCAGCUCAGCGACUAGUCGAGUCUGAGCUAGUAAAAAUUGGUGGAGAACCAGCCAGCCACAAAGCGUGGCAUGGAGAGCACCCCCUCUUUCGGCUUUGGCUCGUUGCCGUUGUCAUCAAUUCCCUGUAUUCAUUCUGGUGGGAUUUGACUAAUGACUGGGGCCUUGAUGUCCUAAAGUUCCGCCGCACCGAGUUCCCUUUACACCAGGACGGACUCCAAUCGUCUCGCGCACUGUCCUUCCACCGCACAACUCGACACGGCUCUGCCUAUCCUUAUGGACUUCGCCCCGUUCUGCUAUACCCUCUCCCUGUGUACUCCUUGGUCGUGUUUCUCAACCUGGUGCUGCGGAUGACAUGGUCCGUCAAAUUGUCGAGCCAUCUCCAUCUACAGUCCGAGGGCAGUGUUGCAAUCUUUUGUCUCGAGGUAGCGGAAGUGCUACGAAGAUGGAUGUGGGUAUUCCUACGCAUUGAGUGGGAGGUUGUGAGGAGAGGAAAAGACAGAGAGAGGGCUGCAGAUGGACUGGAACUAUUUGACGCACACAAGGACCUGUUGUUGAAUGAUGCCAUCAACAUAGGUCAUCAUCGUGAUCCAAUCAUAGACAAUUAUGGUGGCGACACGCUAGAUAAGUUAUACAGAGCACCUUCUCGCUUUAAUUCAAUGCUGUGGAGGACAGAAGUUCUUCACGAUGCCGGCUGCCACAAUCUUCACUGAGUGUGUUUCAAGGACAACCCGGUAUUCGAUAAGGAAAUUGAGUAAUGAAGUAAUCGCGGUGCUCCGCAAAGGGGCCAGAUUCCUCUUUACAUAAUACCGCAAACCUCAAAUUCAUGUGACCGUGCUGACACGAUCCGCCAAAAUUAACUGGUCGA